AAAAAUUUAAUAAGAUCUCAAGUCCUAUACUAUUCAAACUAACUAUUUUUUUUUUCUUUUUAUUUAAUUACCUGCAGAUAAUUAAGAGAAAUUCAGACCUUAGGCCCCAGGCUCUUCCUCUCUCUCUCAUGACGACUAAUCUCUCAGCUUCCAUAAAUAACUAGUACCCUUUUUCACUAACUUUUGGUUCAAACCACCAUCCCCAAAAAACUCUGAUACUUUCUCUUUCUCUUCAUUUUUUUAUCUGACUAGUGACAAGUAGUCCCUGGAACAUUAAUUACUCUCUCAGCUUUAAAAUUUUCCCUAUGCUGUGUGUUCCUUCAACCCUAGUUGGGAUCCUACUAAAAGCCUAGACAAAUCAUAAGUUACUCAUGAUAUAAUCACACCCUUAAACCCUUCCUUUUCACCUCUUUCAAUUCAUUCCUUCCCCCUCACCAAUUCACACCACAGUUCUUCAAUUUUCUGCCAAGUGCCAACUAUGAACCAUUUCUCACCAUAAUUGCUUCUCUGAACUCUCUUCAUAUCAACUCUCAUCAUCCCUUCUACCUAUUAAUUAAUCCACUUCCCCUUGAAUAUUUCACCACCUGAAAUAAGACCUAGAUCUUAUUCUCUAGUCUUCGCCACUAGCAUAUCCCCAUGUUCACUAAUUCACACACGGUAAUGCAAACCUUGUUAUCACCCUUGUCGGAGCCAGACCUCUCCUUGAACAUAAGCCCUCCCUCUAUUUCAGAUUCUGAGGCCAAAGAAGUGGGAAGCUUCGGCAAAGUGCUUUACAACGACAUGUGUUCAACUUCUGAUUCGGCUAGUAGUGGAAGUGAUUUGAGCCACGAGUUCCACAACCUUGGUCACCGUGAACCCACACUGAAACUGGGGUUUGGAACCGUGGAUUUGAAUCAACGUCGUCAUCAACAAGUGCAAGGUGUUGUUCCAAGAAGCUUCAAUCACCACCUCCUCCAACCUCACAUCUAUGGCCGUGAGUUCAAACGAAGUGCAAGAGUCGUUAAUGGCGUCAAAAGAAGCGUUAGAGCUCCUAGGAUGAGAUGGACCACCACCCUCCAUGCCCAUUUUGUUCAUGCGGUUCAACUUCUUGGUGGUCAUGAAAGAGCAACGCCGAAGUCUGUGUUAGAGUUAAUGAAUGUUAAGGAUCUAACCCUAGCACACGUCAAGAGUCACUUGCAGAUGUAUAGAACAGUGAAGAGCACUGACAAAGGCACAGGUCAUGGCCACACAGAUAUUGGCUUCAACACAAGGCCAGGGAUUAAUAAUGUUCAUCUGCAUGCACCCUCACCUAAUUGUGACACACCAAAUUUACCAGACCCCAUUCAAAAAUCCCUCAGGACACCGUGGCAAUCAUCAAUAGAGACAAAUACAAACAAUAGUAGACAAGAAUCGGAAAUGGGUUUGACGUAUUCUGAGGUGAAGGGAAACGAAAUUAUGGUUGAUGGGCACAGUUAUGGAGGCAUGUCAUCAAAUUGCAUGAAGGAGUUGGAAUCUAACCCUUUGUCACGUUCCGAGGCAAUGCCAAUGCUUGACCUUGAAUUCACCCUAGGAAGGCCCAAUUGGCAAAAAGACCACGCGGAAUCAUCAUCAAGAUCAGAGUUAUUAACUCUUCUCAAGUGUUAAAUUAAAUAAACAAAGACCAACCAACCCCUUUCCUUCUCGUAUGUUAAAAGGGUCUAGUUCGAUUGGUUGAGUAGGGUAUCUUAAUUGUUGUAACUCUUUGUAGUACCGAGUUCAAUUCCUACGUAUAAAAAAAAAAAAAAUUUAAAAUGCGUACUAUAUAUGUGUGGAGAGAAAGAGAUGAGGAAUUAGAAUUAUUCCAUGUGAAUGAUUUUAGUUGUGUCUGGGGAGAGAGAUGGGGAAUGGGAUAAACCUUAGCUAGAAAACAUAUGCUUCAGUCCAAGGAAAUUCAGGCAUUGUCUUUGAUGUCAUUUUCGGUGCAAGGUAUACAACACUAUGAAAAAACUAGAAUGGCUCUUUCAGGGCAUGGACCAUGGGUUAUAGUUAGGCGAAAUAGGACCCAUUUGGGAAUGCUGAUAUUGGACAGGUGGGUCAAGUUUUGUGCCAGAACAUCCAUCAUAACAUCCUUCUCAUCAUAUCUGUACCCGAGAGAAGAAGACUUACAUGUACGUUGAGCUUCAAGUUAACAAAUGCAAACUAUUUUUCACACCAUUCUUCAUUCA